CUAAAGAGGCGCACCGAAGAAUCGUAGGCGGCCUGGUAGAGGCUGCUCAAUGAAUUAGCUAUUGUUACCAUGAUAAGAGUUCAACUCACUUCCUAACCCUCGUAGCCACAACUGUAAGUCGUUGUGGCCCAUGCAGCGCUGAGACCCUGAUAUGUUUCCGCAGAUGCGAUACCUUGCCAAACCUAACCCCGCAAUAUGGACAGGUCGUCAUGCACGAACGUAUUUUGACUUUGGCGUCACUUUGGGGCCAGUCGUUGGGGUCAAAUGUGCAGCACCUGCAGGGUUUAAAUCGUGGAGUGGCGCCCACCAGCAGCGACCCGUUCGGUAACGGAUCACACUGCAGAUCGUUCUCCAUAGCUCCACCUUGCAUCUUGUGCCGAAAUCUAUCCGUAUAUGAUUGCGUGGUAUUUGCAAGCGAUUUGAGGGCGUAAUAUUGUGUAACUGCAGAGUAACGUAACAAUUCACAGAGUGAAGUGUUGUUUUGUUGUUAUUGUUGUUGUUGUCAAGACGCUAAGUCGUCAGACUGGCAAAUAGUUGCUUUCAGGAGAACUGUGGUGUCGUUCCGUCAACCAUUCGAGAUAGGCUGCAAGAAGAUACAGCUGUUGCUGAUAAGACGAGAAGUGACGAACCCAAAGAGUUUCUUUUCAAUAAAGCUUAUAUACGACUCUGUCAGAUAUGUCUCUUCUCCAAGACUGGCUUCCGCCUUCGCCAGGGAACUGGACCUUGAUCGUCAACACCUUCACCUACUUUCCUGUCGUGACUGCCGUCCAAUGGCUCACUGCGUACUAUCCCAUGGGCAAGACGUCGACGACCUCGUGCCUGAAUAUUCCAGGGAAGCUGGCCUGGAUGCUCAUGGAACUCCCCGCACCUCUUUUGCUGGUAUACACCAUGACCGGCCUGCGUGCCACUCUCCCACAGCCUCCAAGGGAAAAUCUCGUCCUAGCAGGCAUCUACGUAACACACUACAUCUACCGCGCGCUUCUUGCGCCCCUCCUCAACCCCUCCAUGUCUCCCAUCCAUCCCAUCAUCCUCCUCGGGGCCUGGGUGUUUAACUUGCUAAACGCAGUCUCCAUUGGCGGCCACCUCGCCGGCCUCGGUCCUACCUUGACCACGCGCCUUGGUUUCGGCCUCCCCAUCUGGGCCCUCGGCUUCGCGGGCACAAUCGCGCACGACGAGAUCCUACGCUGUGGCCGCCGCGCCGCGUCCAAACCGGGGGCACCCGCAAAAGCCGAAACCACCCACACGGUCCCUGAUGGCCAUGGUGGCAAGAAGACCUACGUCUUACCAUCAGGAGGGCUGUUCAGAUGGGUGCUUAGCCCACAUUACCUUUGCGAGUGGAUCGAGUGGGUUGGGUUCUAUAUCGCGACAGGCGGGGCGCUACCGGCGAGGAACUUUGUGGCUGCCGAGGUGUCAACGAUGUUGCCGAGGGCGAUAGCAACGAGGAAGUGGUAUGUUGAGAGAUUUCCUGGAGUGGAGGGGAGAUGGGCGGCGCUGCCUGGGCUGGUAUAGGUGGGUGGGUUGUGUUGUGAUGGGACGAAGUGACCUGGGGCUAAUGGUAUCUGGAGAUGCGGAAGAGCAGAGUGGCUCCGAUAGAUGUUGCUUAGAGGUUCAAGGGGAAACAUAAGAGUCACGGAGGGAAUAUGACAGCUAGAUAAUCAAACGCGUACACGCGCACCCAAUACCAUCAUAAAAACAUGUAUUUCUCUAUUUCGCUUUCAUUACAAUAGCUUCAACCCCC